ACCAAUCACAAGCCCCGAAAGAAUAGGAAGAGCACGAAUGGCAGGAAGAAGUAACCCCUCGCGUAGGUAUAAAAGCGGCAAACAUCGCGGUCGAAUAGCAUCAGUUUCGUUGCAACCGUAGUCGAGCACAGAAGCAAACAUCCAAAAUGACUGGCCGUGGCAAGGGAGGUAAAGGACUCGGAAAAGGAGGCGCCAAGCGUCAUCGCAAGGUCUUGCGUGAUAACAUCCAGGGUAUCACCAAGCCUGCCAUCCGUCGUCUGGCACGUCGUGGUGGAGUCAAGCGUAUCUCCGGUCUCAUCUACGAGGAAACUCGUGGUGUGCUGAAGGUGUUCCUGGAAAACGUCAUCCGUGAUGCCGUCACCUACACUGAACACGCCAAGCGCAAAACCGUUACCGCUAUGGAUGUUGUCUACGCUCUGAAGCGACAGGGACGCACUCUGUACGGUUUCGGAGGUUAAAUCACAUUCGUUUUUUU